ACCAUUGUCAUUUUAUUUUACCAACCCUAAAUUACAACAGAGUAAUCACUUACCAGUCACCAACCCCCAAAUACAAGGAAUCAACCAUAACCCCACUCUCAAACCCUUACCGUCAAUCUCACGCUCCACCUUCUCAACCACCACACUCCCUAUUUUCCCGCGCAGUUUCACAGCACGUGCACUCACAUCUCCCUCUUUCUCUCUCCUCCCCCUUCACUCUCUAUCUUUCUCUCUCCUCCCCAAAACCCCCUUUAAAACCCCACCAUCUUCCUCACCCCAACAAUCCUCCCUCCUACGGCGGCGCACCAUCCUUCAACCCCAGAAAAAAAGCUUCAACUCUCCCAUUUCUUCCUCAACAAUGGCGGCCGCUUCUUCAUCUGCUUCAACAGCUUUACUCUCCAAACAAUCUCUAACCCCUAAACACAGAUUCCUCCACCCCACCUCCAUUUCCCCCAAUUCCCAACUUUCUCUCUCCUCUAAACUCUCCCUUUCUCCCUCGAUCUCCCUCUUCUCGCACAACCCUUCUCGCCACCUUACCCCCACUACCCCCCGCCAAAAACUUGUCGUUUCCGCCUCACUUGAAUCGAAACCCACCGUUUUGGUCGCCGAAAAGCUCGGUGAUGCUGGGUUGGAUCUUCUGAAAUCGUUUGCGAAUGUUGAUUGUUCGUAUAAUCUUAGCCCAGAAGAGCUUUGCACUAAGAUCUCUCUCUGUGAUGCUUUGAUUGUUCGGAGUGGGACUAAGGUUACUCGUGAGGUGUUUGAGUCGUCUGCUGGGAGGUUGAAGGUGGUUGGAAGAGCGGGUGUUGGGAUUGAUAAUGUAGAUCUGGGUGCUGCGACGGAGCAUGGGUGUUUGGUUGUUAAUGCUCCGACGGCAAACACCAUUGCGGCGGCUGAACAUGGGAUUGCUCUUUUGACAGCUAUGUCUAGGAAUGUUGCUCAAGCUGAUGCUUCUGUUAAGGCUGGGGAGUGGAAGAGGAAUAAGUAUGUGGGUGUAUCACUUGUGGGAAAGAAGCUUGCUGUUUUGGGUUUCGGAAAGGUUGGGUCUGAAGUUGCGAGGCGUGCCAAGGGGCUUGGCAUGCAUGUGAUUGCUCAUGAUCCCUAUGCACCAGCUGACCGUGCCCGAGCUAUUGGAGUGGACCUUGUUUCCUUUGAAGAGGCCUUAGCAACAGCGGAUUUCAUUUCCCUACACAUGCCUCUCACCUCUUCUACAACAAAGGUGCUAAAUGAUGACACUUUUGCUAAGAUGAAGAAAGGUGUUAUGAUAGUGAAUGUUGCUCGUGGUGGAGUGAUUGAUGAGGAUGCUCUUGUUAGGGCUCUAGAUUCUGGGAUUGUUGCUCAGGCUGCACUUGAUGUCUUCACACAAGAGCCACCAGCUAAGGACAGUAAGUUGAUACAACAUGAAAGAGUUACUGCAACUCCACAUCUUGGUGCUAGUACCAUGGAAGCUCAGGAAGGAGUAGCCAUUGAAAUCGCAGAAGCAGUUAUAGGGGCCUUGAAUGGAGAGCUUGCUGCAACUGCCGUGAAUGCGCCAAUGGUUCCUGCUGAGGUCCUUAAUGAGCUGAAACCUUAUGUUGAACUUGCUGAGAAACUUGGUAGACUGGCCAUCCAACUGGUAGCGGGUGGGAGUGGUGUUAAAUCUGUGAAGGUGGGUUAUGCAACCUCAAGAGCACCUGAUGAUCUUGACACAAGGGUGCUCCGGGCCAUGAUUACCAAGGGUCUGAUUGAGCCUAUUUCCAGCACCUUUGUAAACUUGGUAAAUGCUGAUUUCACCGCAAAGCAGAGAGGACUUCGUAUUACUGAAGAGCGCAUUCUUCUGGAUGGAUCACCUGAAAGCCCACUGGAGUCUAUCCAGAUCCAGAUUGCCAAUGUGGAAUCUAAAUUUGCCAGUGCAAUUUCAGAUUCUGGGGAGAUUAGACUUGAGGGAAGGGUUAAAGAUGGAAUUCCACAUUUAAUAAAGGUUGGCUCCUUUGAGGUUGAUGUCAGUUUGGAGGGUAGCAUUAUUCUCUGCCGACAGGUUGAUCAACCUGGAAUGAUUGGAAGGGUGGGAAGUGUUUUGGGAGAAGAGAAUGUGAAUGUCAGUUUCAUGAGUGUUGGAAGACUGGCUCCUAGAACCCAUGCUGUGAUGGCUAUCGGGGUUGAUGAACCACCUAGCAGUCAGGUAUUGAAGAGGAUUGGUGAAAUUCCAGCCGUUGAAGAGUUCGUAUUUUUGAAGUCAUGAUGUUCUUUCCUGCACCACUGUGGAAGUGCUAGCUCUGAGAAUGGCAGCAAUGCAGAUUAGAUUAGCUAUUGAGUUUUGAAAUGGACCGAGGAUAUUUUGGCAAUUGGAGACUUUUGUAUUUCUGAAGUUAUGAUGCUCUAGUUAGUAGUCCAAGAUGAUACCAAUUUUGGUGGAAUUUGUUGAAUGUAACAAACUUGCAACUUGUAUCCGGAGUUUUUAAUAAUUUGGAGUUGAGGAAGAGUUUGCUCGUUUUAGCACCUACUACUCAUCCCUUUUCAUGUCUUUCUCUAGGAAUGUAGCAAUGACUAGAAAUUUGGUUAAUCAAGAAAUCCAAAUUUGUGAAAAAUGGUGGUUGGUGACAAUUUGGUAAUGAAAACUGAGGUGACAAUUUUCACUUAGUCACAAAUUUA